UCAGCCAGGGCGAAGGGAGGGAGGGCAUGGGCUUCCCUCAGCCAGGGAAGGAGGAGGGAGCUGUGGGCGAAUACGAGGCUGCAGCCUUGGCCAGGCCCCACCCUGGGCACACAGAGAGAGCCCCAGGGUCCCUUGCAUGGAGGACGGCCAGGUGUUGUAUUUCAUUCACCAAGUGAAUAUUGCCACUACUUAGCUACUGCCAGUGGACCUUCAUGAGUGGCUUCCAGAUAGCACGAGAGAGACACUUUAGAGAAUGGAGUUGGCUCACAGUUUAUUACUCAAUGAAGAAGCCUAUAACCAGUUGGGUGAAUUUCAGAAAGCAGAGUUUGCUUUUGAGUGGCUGAGGUUUUUGGAAAAACUUUUACCAGCAACCAGUCGAGCUGAUAUAAAGGAAAAACAAAUCAAACUUGUUGAACAGCUGAUAUCUUUAUUAACCAGUUCACCAGGGCCUCCUACCAGACAGCUCAUUGCCAAGAAUCUUGCUGUACUCUAUAGUUCUGGAGACAUCUUUUCUGUUCACCAGACGAUUGACAAAUGCAAUGAACUUAUUCGCAGUAAGGAUGAUUCACCAAGUUAUCUGCCUACAAAACUUGCUGCAGUGGUUUGCUUGGGCUAUUUGUACAAAAAGUUGGGAAGAAUUUUGGGUAACAGCUUUCUGGAUACUGUAGGGAAUAUUCUUAAAGCAAUGAAGAAUGCGGAGUCUCAAGGGCGAUAUGAAAUCAUGUUAAGUUUGCAAAAUAUAUUGAAGGGGCUGGGAGCAGCUGCUAUUCCAUGUCACAGAGAUAUCUACAAAGCUGCCCGUUCGUGCUUAAUGGAUAGGUCAAUGGCAGUUCGCUGUGCUGCUGCAAAGUGUCUUCUUGAACUUCAGAGUGAAGCAACUUUUAUGUGGAGUACAGAUCUGGAUAGUGUUGUAACUCUGUGCUUCAAGUCUUUGGAGGGAUCUAGUUAUGAUGUUCGAAUGGCUGUUUCUAAGCUUCUUGGUUGUGUGUUGGUUAGUGCUGUAACAUCUAAACAAGGUACAGCAUCUGCCAGACAAAAUAUUCGCAAAAUCUCAUUUGAAGAAGCUUUGGAACUACUGGGGACAGGUUUCCUUCGUGGAAGUUCAGGAUUUCUACGAGCCAGUGGUGAUAUCCUGAAGGGAACAAGUUCAGUCAGCAAGGAUGUUAGAGUUGGAGUCACUCAGGCUUAUGUGGUAUUUAUCUCCACAUUAGGAGGGCAGUGGCUUGAAAGGAAUUUCUCUGCCUUGCUCUCCCAUGUUCUAGACCUUGUCUCUCAGUCUCAGCCUAAAGCUACUCAGACUCAGUUGGAUGCUAUCUGCUGUCGCCGUUGUAUUUCAUUUAUCCUCCGAGCUACAGUGGGAGGCCUUCUUGGGGAGAAAGCUCAAAUUGCAACUGCCAAGGAGAUUUGUCAAGCCAUCUGGAAGCUGAAGAAAGUUGUGGAUGCUGCAACAAGUGACUGUAAUGUGGAAACUCGUAUUGGUUCAACAGAUGUAGUAGCAAGCCAGAAUAUGCUUAUAUGUGCCCUAGAAGAGCUUGGAAACCUCAUAUAUGGCUUAGGCACUACUGCUGCACCAGUGUUGCAAGAUUCUAGUACAGGAGUUUUGGAUGCAGUCAUAUCUGUUAUCCUUCAUCCUAGCAUUUCUGUUCAGCUAGCUGCAGCAUGGUGUCUACGCUGCAUUGCUGUAGCAUUACCUUGCUUUCUCUCUCCACUUCUGGAUCGCUGUGUUGAGAGACUCACAGCACUCAAAUCCUCCCCUGAAGCAGUGACUGGCUACAGCUUUGCUAUUGCCGCUUUGUUGGGAGUUGUCAGACAGUGUCCUCUAGGAAUUCCACAUUGCAAAGGGAAGGUCAUCAUGAUGGUAGCUGAGGAUUUAUUACGUUCUGCUUCUCAAAAUAGUCGCAUUUCAGUACAACGAAUGCAGUCUGGAUGGCUUUUGAUAGCUGCCCUCAUGACAUUAGGUCCUGCAGUUGUCCAGCACCAUCUUCCACGGAUGCUACUGUUGUGGAAAUGUGCAUUUCCAUUAUCUCCUAAAGAUUUAGAAACUGAGAAGAGCCGAGGUGAUUCAUUUACAUGGCAAGUAACAUUGGAAAGCCGUGCAGGUGCUCUCUGUGCUGUCAAAAGCUUUAUUCUCCAUUGUGGGGGACUCCUUACAGAUGAAGUUAUUGAAAGAUUGCUUCUUCCCAUCCCAUGUGCUAUUGAUGUACUGACACAGCUUUCUUCUCUAAAUAAAGUCUAUGGAAAUCCUUUAAAGCCAUCAUCAGUGACUUAUAGGAAAAGACUUUAUGAAUUGCUUACUUUGUUGCCUCCCAAUACAUGUGAAGGAAACUUUUCUGCAGUUCUCAAAGAACUAGUGCUUGAUUUGACACAAUCGGAUAACCAGAUGGCAGCCUCUGCUGCUUAUUUUCCAUCUCUCUCUCACCAGAAUGAAUUUGCCUUACUUGGUCCUGCAUUUCAGGAGACAGAUCACAGAUUUAUUGAAGAGCAGCUGCUUUUAGUUAACAGUAUAGCUGGUGGAAGCUUAGAGUAUGAUCCAUAUUCCAUUUAUGAGAGAACUGCAGACAGUGACUCAGUGCCUAAGCCUUUACCUUCAACGGUAUCCAUUAUUACUGCAGCAUCCCGUCUCUUUGGAGUAAUAUUUGCCCAUGUCACAGAGUCCCAAAGGCUGCAGAUAUUGGAACAGUUAUCGACAUCCAUAAAACAAACCAAAGGAUCCCGGCAACAGAUAGUGCAACACAAUGUUAUGUCAGCACUUUUUAAUGUUCUGAAGCACUUGGCCAGUUGCAAAGGAAACUUAGGUUCUGAAGAAAUCCGAAGCUGUGCCCUGACAUUAGUGAUGAGUGCCUUGGAGAGUAGUAACCCACUUCUGAGAUGUUCUGCUGCAGAAUCUCUAGCCAGACUUGCACAGGUAGUUGCUGACAGUACCUUCACUGCUGGAUUGGCACAAAUUAGCUUUGACAAGCUGAAAUCUGCUAGAGAUGUUAUAUCAAGGACAGGACAUUCUUUGGCUCUUGGAUCACUCUAUAAAUAUCUGGGAGGAAUCAGCUCUUCUCAGCACUUAAAUGCAUGUGUUGGAAUACUUUAUACAUUGUCUCAGGACAGCACUUCACCUGAAGUACAGACCUGGGCACUGCAUUCACUGUCACUGAUCAUUGAUUCUGCUGGUCCUCUGUAUCACGUGCAUGUGGAACCUACCCUCUCUCUUGUUCUCAUGUUGUUGUUGACUGUGCCUCCUGCUUAUGCUGAAGUCCAUCAAAGCCUUGGUCGCUGCUUAAAUGCACUUAUUGCUACUUUGGGUCCUGAGUUGCAAGGCAGCAGUGCUAUAGCUUCAGCCUUACGGGCUUCUUGUCUCCUGAGCUGUACAGUGAUGCAAGAUAAUCCUGACUGCCUUGUCCAAGCUCAAGCCAUCUCUUGCCUUCAGCAGCUUCAUAUGUUUGCGCCACGUCAUGUAAACCUGUCUAGCCUUGUCAGGUGCCUAUGUGAGAUCUUGUUGGAAAAUUCUGUGUUGGUAGGUUUCUGUGCAUUGUUCAGAUUUCAACAAUUUUUGGUGAAUCUCUCUAGUUCGUAUUUGUUAUUGAGGCGAGCAGUACUAGCUUGUUUGCAUCAGCUUGUUCAACGGGAGGCAGCUGAAGUAUCUGAGUAUGCUGUGGCCCUUGCUAAAGAUAGCAGAGAGGAAUUUACUCCAGGUAUUAACAUCAGAGAAGUAGGACUUGAAGGGGCAUUGUUAAGCCUGUUGGACAAAGAACUGGAUCCAAAACUGUGCCAAGACAUCAGAGAGACUCUGAUCCAUAUGCUUACAUCGAUGGCUGUUGAAAAACUUUCUUUCUGGUUGAAGCUCUGUAAAGAUGUUUUAGCUGCCUCUGCUGACUUCACAAUAGUGGCUCCUGUAGACACCACCCAAGAGGAGGAGGAUGCUCAAACAGAUGAUGAAUUGGCCUUGGCUUUGGAAAAUGAAGAAAGAUUACACCCUUUCCUCCAUCCUCGAUGGGCUACUAGAGUUUUUGCUGCAGAAUGCGUUUGUAAAAUUAUCAGUCAGUGUGAGAAUGCUGACAGUGCUCACUUUGACAUAGCUCUGGCUCAGGAAAUGAAGCAAAGGGAUUCAAGAGAUGAUUUCUUAGUACUGCAUUUAGCUGACUUGAUCCGCAUGGCUUUUAUGGCUGCCACUGAUCACAGUGACUAUCUUCGUCUUUCUGGCCUUCAGAUGUUAUUAGUUCUCAUUCGAAAGUUUGCUGCUGUACCAGAGCCAGAGUUCCCAGGCCAUGUAAUUCUGGAGCAAUAUCAAGCAAAUGUUGGUGCAGCACUUAGGCCAGCCUUUACCCCAGACACACCACCUGAUGUAACAGCAAAAGCAUGCCAGGUUUGCAGUGCUUGGAUGGCAAGUGGUGUAGUAAAUGACCUUAAUGACCUUCAAAGAGUUCAUCAGUUGCUCGUGACAUCCUUGACUAAAGUACAAGCUGGAAAAGAAGCACAGAGUCAACUGUACAAUGAAGCCACAACAACUAUGGAGAUACUGGCUGUUCUAAAAGCUUGGGCAGAGGUUUAUAUAGUUGCAGUAGAAAAACAUAAAAAACAAAGCAACAUCAGUAGGCCACCUUUUGCCACAAACGCCAGAGAGGAGAGUUACAGGGAUCAAACAUCUUCAGCGGAUGAACUUCUGCAGCUAGUUCAAGCAGACCUGGGGAAUCUGAGCAAACUCUGGCUUGCUGCACUUCAGGAUUUUGCUCUCUUAACGUUACCUUCAGAAUACUCCUGUCAACUUCCUGCUGAAGGUGGUGCUUUCUAUACUGUGGAAACAAUUGAAAAUUCAAGACUACAUUAUCAAAACUCCUGGGCUCUGAUUCUUCAUGCUACAGCAUUGUGGCUUACCAACACAGGUUUCCUUAUAGGUGAUUCAGAUGAAGGUCUAACUAAUCUCUCUCGACCUGUCACUCCAACUACUAUGUGUCAAGACUCGACUUCUAGGGGUGCCAUAAAAUCACCUGAAGAUGUGAAUACGGACAGAUUUCAUCUUAUCUUGGGAAUUAGUGUUGAAUUCCUCUGUUCUCCUCGGUCAGAUGCAGCAAUGGAAAACAUUACUGCUUGUCUACAUGCCCUACAGGCAAUAUUUGAUGUUCCUUGGCCAAGGUCUAAAAUUGGUAGUGAUCAGGAGCUGAGUGUCGAACUGCUAAAUGUUUUGCAUCGCCUUAUACUGACCAGAGAGUCCCCUGACAUUCAGCUUGCUGCUCUAGGGGUUGUUCAUCAGAUUCUUUUUGCAGCACAAGAACAUGUCAAGGAAAAACGGAGAAGUGCCGAAGUUGAUGAUGGGGCUGAAGAAAAGGAAACAUUACCAGAGUUUGGAGAAGGAAAAGACACAGGAGGGCUGAUACCUGGAAAGUCCUUAGUUUUUGCAACACUAGAGAUGUGUAUGUGCAUUCUUGUAAGACAGCUACCUCAACUUAACCCAAAGAUAACAGGUAGUUCUGGAAUUACAUCCAGAAAACCUCAAAUAUUAUCAGAAAAUGGAAGCAGGCUGGUGUCAGCAGCAUUAGGAAUCCUCUCUGGCGUGCCAGCAGUCUGCUCACCAGAAGGAAGCAUUGCUGUUCUUCCUACUAUCUUAUAUCUGAUUAUUGGAGUCCUGAGAGAAACUGCUGUGAAAUUACCAACUGGCCAGUUACCUUUAACUGUUGCUGCUUCAUUACAAGCUCUUAAAGGAGUGCUAUCUUCUCCCAUGGCCCGGGCAGAGAAGAGCCGAACUGCUUGGAAUGAUUUGCUCCGUAGUGCUUUGGUCACUAUCCUUAAUUUUUGGAAUCAAGUAGAUGGUGCUCACCAAGAAUUAGAUGAAAGUAGCCUGUUGGCUGCCAUCACAGUAUUUAUUUUGUCUACAAGUCCAGAAGUUACUGCCAUGGAGUGCCUUCAGAUGAGUUGCACUGAAAAGUUUAAAUCAGCAUUGGAAUCUAAAGACCCUGUUGUACAACUUAAAUGUUAUCAGCUGCUACUGACUGUUUUUCAGUAUCCGAACCGAGCUAUCUCAUAUCCUUACAUUCAUUCAUUAGUAUCAUCAAUUGUGAGCAAACUUCAGGAAACAGAGAAAGCUAAACCUGAGAAUUCUGCUGAGCUUCAAGUUAUACAAGAAGGAAUAAAGGUGGUGGCUGCUGUUAUAGCCCUUGCUGAGGAGAAACAUCGAGCUCAUCUAGUGGCUUGCUUUCUACCAAUCCUAAUUUCUUUUCUCCUGGAUGAAAAUGCCCUGGGAUCAGCUACAAGUUCAGCAAGGAGUCUACAUGAGUUUGCUUUGCAAUAUCUGAUGCAGAUUGGUCCACAAUAUUCCUCAGUCUUUAAAAAACUAAUGACUUCAUCUCCACCAAUGAAAGCAAGACUUGAAUCAGCUGUGAAGGGCAAUCAGGAAAGUAUCAAGGACAAGACCUCCCCUAGACAUUCAAAGAAUCCUGGGAAAAGCACAAGCAUUCAGCUGAAGACCAACUUUUUGUGAAAUUGUUUGUUUUAAAUUUUAAGCACUUUGAUAACACUUCAGAGAGUCUUCCCCUUUUUCAUUAUGAAGUAUGAUGUGAAUUUUCAGUUGAGUUCUGCUAUACUUUUGGAAGUUAGUGCAGUAGUCCAGUUUCAGAAAAGUGACCUACCUAUCAGAUUAUCAGUCAUUAGCAAGGACCGCAUGCAUAACCAUGGCUGCUAGUUGUGGAAUGAGAACAAAUAUGCUGUAUCAAUUUACAGAUAAAGUUCCCAGUUCACAAGAGGUUUCCUCUUGCUCAGUCGGGGCAUAUACUUUAUAAAAUAUAUGUUUUUAAAAAAACAGCCUUACAUUCUCUUCACAUGUUUUUAAACACUACAACAUUCUGUGGAAAAUAUAUUCCAAAUUUUAUAAGUUAUGUUGGAAGCUUGAUAUACUUACAUUAAUAUAAUCUCAUAUUUAUUUGCACAGAUAUUAGCACAAAUAAAUGGAAGGGAAAUAAUGUUUGUGAUUCAUCAGUGCACAUAUACCACAAGUAUCUAUAUUUCAGUAUUUUGUUUUGCUUUCAUGUAACAGCUCCUACUGUGGAAUAGUCAAAUAUUUUUAAAGAGCCAUUUGGACAUUGUAAAAUUACUUUGCAAAGUAAACACAGAGCUGCUUCAACAAAAAUCCUUAUACUCAUUUUUGGUUCCCACAGUGUGGUCAGUAUGGAUCUGAGAACACAAACAGGGUCAAUGGCACACAUUGUGGCUCAGUGCAGUGACAAAUGAGAUACAAUACUAGUUCAGACUGUGCCACUAGAACUUUAGAGUGCUACAUAAAGUGUGAGUAUAAUCAUGGACACAUACAAAACACAUACCUUUAGUUUUGACUAUCAAACUACAGCAAUUGUUAAAAAUUGUGAGGAUAGUAUCACAGUAUUAUUGAACUGAAAUUUUAAUCCAUAAAUUCCUUUCAGUUCUUUAACAUGUUCUAACUGUUAAUUUAGCAAAUAUACAUAAUUAUGUAAAACAUAACCAAUGCUCAAAGGUAUGUAAAAUUACUGAAUAUCAUAAACCCAUAUUGAAGGUAUUAUUAAUGUUUUUACAUUCUUUUUAAUUCUUAAGCUUUUAUUAGCUUUUUAAUGAGACUCUGUCUUAUGGUUACUUGGACAAUUUUAUUUACAAAUUAAAGCACAUAUUUGUAACUGAGGCCUUAUUCUACCACAAAGUUCUACAUAAAUAAAUCUUAAACAUAUCAUGGCAAGCAUACAUACUUUGCUCAGAAUACGAGAACUGUUUGGAUCCACGGUGCCUUUGUAUUAGGCACAUAGUUAUUUAUUGCAUUCAUUUUAUAAUAUAUAUACAUGGGCAGAUUGAUGCACCAAUAAUAAGUAAUCUUACUAAGGUGAACCAUAAUAAAGUGGGCUUCAGUUGUGUUCAGCUGCACCUGAAUCAUCAGAAAAAAACAAUAAAAUUGUACAUUAACAAUGGAUCAUAUUUUACUAUAGAAGUGUAGCUAUUGAUUGCUUCAGUUAUUACUUUAAGAAUUACAUUGGAAACUAUUGUUUCUGAUGUUUUUUUUAAUGUCAGUAUUACUUGAAGUAAAACAAAUGCUAGGACAAUUAUGGUAUUUCCAUCUAAUAAUUAGUGGGGGGAUAUCAUAUAGAAUUGAUACUCAGGAAGAGGGUACUGUAUUUUAUUAUACAUUUUGUACAUAAAAUUGUAAAUUGUACAGAACCAUUUGAGUAAAAUUCUAACAAGUCAUUUUUUUAAUCUACAUAAAGCUAAUUUUCUUCACUUCAAUCUGUGUGCUUGCUAUUUUAUUAAUAAAACUUGAAUUUUAUUUUUUUAAAGCUGUAACUCCUGCCUU